CAACGGAAAAGCGGGCCAGUUAGUAUUUGUGAAGAUGGCGCUGUCUAGUGUGUUGCGGAGUGAGUCUGCGGAUUUUUCUAACCUAUUUGCGCAGCGUUAUACGCUCGACUGCGGAGUAGACCGCGCUGAUCUGGGCGACAGCCCUCACUUCACGGUGAACACCGCCGGCGAAGACGAGGAUACUGACAGUAGGAUUCAGUUUCUUCACGGAACAACCACCUUGGCCUUUAAAUUCCAGCACGGUGUCAUAGUGGCGGUGGACUCCAGGGCGACGGCCGGCUCGUACAUCGCGUCUCAGACGGUGAAGAAGGUCAUCGAGAUCAACCCCUACCUGCUGGGCACCAUGGCAGGCGGAGCGGCCGACUGCAGCUUCUGGGAGCGUUUGCUGGCGCGCCAAUGUCGCAUCUAUGAGCUGCGGAACAAGGAGCGCAUCUCUGUGGCGGCCGCGUCCAAACUGCUGGCCAACAUGGUGUACCAGUACAAGGGCAUGGGUCUCAGUAUGGGCACCAUGGUGUGUGGUUGGGACAAAAGAGGACCAGGGCUCUACUACGUGGACUCGGAGGGCAACCGCGUGUGCGGCGACCUGUUCGCCGUGGGCUCCGGCUCCAUGUACGCCUACGGCGUCGUGGACAGCGGCCUGCGGCACGACAUGAGCGUGGAGGAGGCGUGCGACCUUGGGCGCCGCGCCAUCUACCAGGCCACCUACCGCGACGCCUACAGCGGCGGCCAGGUCAACCUGUACCGCGUCCACGGCCAGGGCUGGGAGCGCGUCUCCCACGACGACGUGCUCCAACUGCACCACCAGUACCACGGCUUUCAAAAAAAGCCGGCCAAGCCAGCUGCGUAGGCACAUCCGAGAGGACGGAGGGAUGAGACACGGAUGGAAUAGAAAAAUGGAUGAAAUCAGGAAAAGGGACAUUUACACAAGUUAUGCUUCACGGUCCAUUUUAGUAGCGUCCCAAGGUGGGCCAGCGUGUUGCUCGUCUAAGUUUUGUUGGAGAUAAUUUUGAUAAAAAUGUGCUUAGUUACACUAACAUUCACCACACGUUCCGUUACCAUUUUUUCUUUGAUGAUACUGAGGUAAUAACGAAGCAAGUAACAGUACUUUUAAGGUUUUCAGAUAGCGGGUUGUAGUGCCUCUGUUUGUAUGAUGGAUACGGGGACGCCGCGUCCCAGUGGGCUGGACACGGAGCCAGGCUCUGCUUGGCUGGCUCCCUUGGAGUGGGCAUGGACUUCUGUUCCUCUCAUCGCGCAUGUAACCAGUCACCAACCCCCUCCAAUAAACCCCGGGCUUAGUGUUUUGCUA